CCUCGCAUUUGUUUGUCAGUCUGUCUAGCUGCAGUAGUCUCUAGACAGACAGGCAGUCGGCGGAGCCUUACCAGGCUUUUUUAGACGGUGGAAGUACCCGAGCAGCCAGAGCCCAGGGGCGGCCGGUGGGAGGAGGCAGAGAGUCCGCAGCUGCUGCGCCGCACAGCCUCUUUGAUACCCGCAAGAGGAAGGAGCCGCCCGCACCAACCGAUGUCAACGGAUCUGUCAGAGGACCGGGACCUGGAAGGGUUCGGAGAGCAGGCGACAGACGUUCAGACCAGGCUAGCAGACGUCUGCAGUGGCACAACGGGGAGCGGGAUGGCGUCCAUACCGGAGUUCUACGCCGGAAAGAACGUGCUGAUCACAGGAGCCACGGGCUUCAUGGGGAAGGUGCUGGUGGAAAAACUGCUGAGGUCGUGUCCUGAAGUCAAAGCCCUGUACAUCCUGGUCAGACCUAAAGCGGGGCAGUCCAUGCAGCAGAGGGUCAGCGACAUGAUGACAUGCAAGCUUUUCGACCGUGUGCGAGAGGACGACCCCGACUUCCACCAGAAGAUCAUCCCCAUCAGCAGCGAGCUGACGCAGCCCGGCCUCGCCAUCAGCCCAGAGGACGUGGAGCGGCUCACAGCCUGCAUCAACGUCGUCUUCCACUGCGCCGCCACCAUCCGCUUCGACGAGCCACUAAAACACGCCCUGCAGCUGAAUGUGAUCGCCACGCAGCAGCUCCUCAGCCUGGCCCAGCAGAUGCACCACCUCGAGGCCUUCAUUCACAUCUCCACAGCCUAUGCAAACUGCAACCGCAAGAACAUUGAUGAGGUCAUCUACCCACCACCCGUCGAGCCCAGGAAACUCAUCGAAUCUCUCGAGUGGAUGGACGACGGCAUCGUGCGUGACAUCACACCGCGGCUCAUUGGGGACCGGCCCAACACGUACACCUACACCAAAGCGCUGGCUGAGUACGUGGUGCAGCAGGAGCAGGACAAGCUCAACAUUGCCAUCAUCAGACCCUCCAUCGUGGGAGCCAGCUGGCAGGAACCUUUCCCUGGCUGGAUCGACAACUUCAAUGGCCCCAGUGGAGUCUUCAUUGCUGCUGGAAAAGGGAUCUUACGCACGAUGAGAGCAAACAAUGACGCAGUGGCUGACCUGAUCCCGGUGGACGUGGUCAUAAACCUUACCCUGGCUGCAGGCUGGUACACGGCUGUACACAGAAGGAAAACAGAAAAAGAGCAAACUCUAAGGCCUAAAACAGCGCUGGUGUACAACUGCACGACCGGCGGCAUCAACCCGUUCCACUGGGGAGAGAUCGAGCACCAUGUGAUGUCGUCCUUCAAGAGGAACCCUUUGGAGCAGGCUUUCCGCAGACCAAACGCCAACAUCACCUCCAACUACCUGAUCAACCAGUACUGGAUCCUGGUCAGCCACAAGUUCCCCGCCCUCAUCUACGACCUCUUCCUGCGUCUGUCAGGACAAAAGCCACAGAUGAUGCGUAUCUUUAACCGCCUGCACAAGGCCAUCAGUCUGCUGGAGUACUUCAGCAGUCAGGACUGGGAGUGGAACUCAGAGAACCUGAGCAUGCUGAUGAGUCAGUUAACCCCCGAGGACAGGAAGACAUUUAACUUCGAUGUGCGUCAGCUGAACUGGCCCGAGUACAUCGAGAAUUACUGCAUCGGCACCAAGAAGUACGUCCUGAAUGAAGACAUGUCUGACAUUCCUGCUGCCAGGCAGCAUCUGAGGAAACUGAGGAACAUCCGCUACACCUUCAAUACCGUGUUAGUGGUUUUCAUCUGGAGGGUGUUUAUCGCUCGCUCCCAGAUGGCCAGGAACAUCUGGUACUUCGUGGUCAGCCUCUGUUUCAAGUUCCUGUCCUACUUCCGCGCAUCCAGCACCUUAACCAACUGAGUCUUCCUCACCGCCUCGAACCAGAGACAGCAGCCCCCCCCACCCACCUUCAGUAACAUCUGAGACUCUGACCGUCCACAAAAGACUCUUAAAAUCCAACUUUUCCCGUGGAUGAGCAGGGCGCUUUUUAACCAUCGGGGCUGCAGCUGAGCGAAGCACUCAGACGAGGAAAAAAAAAGAGGUCUUCUAGCCAUGAAUUAUUUGUUUAGUUUGGAAAUCUGUCAUCAGAAUCUGCUCUGUUCAGUCAUCAGACCCCGUCCAUAGAAAAAGAAGUGUUGUCAUUCAUUUUGUACCUACGUUUUCUUCUCAAAGUGGCCAAUUAUAUAUGCAACAAUAAGCCUUCUGUGUGACUUCCGUUCUCCUUUCCACCUCAUAGUUUCCAUCCUCUCGAAUCUCGGUACAUUGCCUUGCCUUGUGAUGAUUUUUUUUCAUACUUGAAAUAUGGCAGUGCUUCAGUGAAGGGUGAUUUCUAUAAGAUUAUCUCUUUUUUACUGCGGGAAAUCUGGUUCCUCUCUUUAAUACGCAGGUGAUUUGGGUAUCUGUGUGUCUUGCGUUAUGUGUAUCUACUGCCUUUUUAAGACUACACCCAAAAUCUGAGUGGUUUUUCAACCAUCUCAAGGCCAAUCCGCAAACUAGUAUUAAAGCAUAUUCAGACCACUGCGUCACAAAACAUACAGAUCUGCCACUUUUCCUGCUGUUGAGGUUGUCACAAAUGAUAACAUUGAACAUAAACCUUGUUUGUUUGAAUGCUCAUCCACUUUUUGCCUGUUUGUACAGCAGUUUGUACUGAAACUAAGUUUACUACUUUUACAUCUUUAUACUUGUGUCAGAGGCUAGUCUGAUACAUGUGGUAGACCUUGACGGUGUAUUAUAUAUAAAUAAGAGUACAUCAGAGUCCCGUUUAUUUGUAUAGCCCAGGUAUCACAUACUGUACAGUGUCUCCCAACAGAACCCCAAACCAAGCCCAGGUUUCACAGAAGAAAAGUCGACUGGAUCCCCAUAAGGUUCCUAACAUCUCUAUUUUCUCUAGGAUGGCUGGCUAUGAAGUGGGAACCAUGAAAGGGAAUUAUGAACCAAAUUUGAUGAGUAGACUCAAUUUGGUCACAUUUUUAGUCUUUGCACCAUGGUAAAUUUUCACUCAAAUUUGGGGACAGGUCUAUGGUAUUCACUGUUCAGUCAAAUUUUGGGUCGUUUCCAAAGGGUCGAAAUGUGAUUACAGGUCCUUAGUUGUGACAUUUUGGUCAGAUUUUCAGACAUUUCUAUUUUUUUUUUUUUUUUUGUUAAAAUUUGGGGACAGAUCUGCAGUGGUGGUGAUAGUCAUUUCGCUCUAAUCUGGUGACAGGUCCUUGACAUUUUGAUUUAGACCAAGGGUGUCCAAAACUAUGGCCAAAGGGCCAAAUGUGGCCAGUGGUCCACUUUUGAUUGGCCCACAGCAAAUUUUAAAAAUAAAAUGAAAUAGAACAUGAAGCUUUUGCUUAUGUGUAUUGUACUUCUUAGUUUCAGCACUAGGUGCUACCAUGCUAAUUCUGUAAACAAACAUUUUGACAAAAAGAAUUUAAUGAUCUGUUUUCAAAAUUUGUGACUAAACUAAGGUAGUACUGUAAACGCUAAACAUAUUGGCAACCAAAUUUAUAAUGAUAUCUUUAUUCAUAAUAGCCUGUUUGAUUAAGCAAAUAACAGUACCAAUAGCAUUCCAGGACCGGUUUCAGUGGUAGCCAGGGUCAACCGGGGCCUCCUGAAAUCUGAUUGGCCUCCCCAAAAUCCUUAAAUUAAUUUGCUAUUUGGCUGGUCAACCAUUAACUAGCAAGGUGAGCACACUCAAUCAGAAUAUGUUAACCUACAUUAGACUGGUUAUAAUAACCUGAAUAUCCUCAAAGUGCGGUAUAUGAAAGUGGCCCCACCAUUCUUAUGUAUUUCUAUAUGUGGCCCUCGGUUGAAAAAGUUUGGACAGCCCUGAUUUAUACCCUUACUGAUCAACAGUACCAUUGGUCUUUAUCUGAAAAAAGUGGCCUGACAAUUUAGUAACUCUUCAAAUUGCAAUAUUCAUAAAAAAGCCAGCUAGAACAACACUAUUCUCACAGGUCCAGUCAUAGUAGCUUAUUCCAAAAGCCCAUUGAAUGAGUCCAGAUAAAUCAGUCCUGUGUCAGUGGUUUAAAGGUUCUAUAUUUGAGAUUUUAGAUUUGUGAGUGUAGGGGACCAAGCUUGAUAUAGAGACAGAGGGAGGCGACCUAGUCCCAGUUUUUGUCUACAACGUAAAAGAUAUGUUUUGUCUCAGUUAAUGAGGUUAAAGGGAAGAUGGAUUAAGUUAAAGCUGAGCUACAAAAUCGGUAAAAAAAUCAUGUAAGAAAAGCAAAAACUUUAGGCAAAAUGUAGCAGGACAGACCUGUGAGUGCUGUUCAAAAAUAAAAUUCAACUAAUUUGGACUAACUAGAGUUAAAACUAUCUUCCUUGUAAGUAAAACAAAAAUGGAGUUUAUACUUAUAAACAUGAAGGUUUAUUUAGUUAAGUUUUGCCUCACCUUUUUGCUUUUCUAACAGUUUUCACCUAUUUUGUAAUAUAUAACUUAAAUGAGCUUCAGUAACGCCAUCCAUUUUCUGUCAUCCUUUUUGGUUGUUUAACAACUAUAAACUCUGAAGACUCAUUCAGCCAUCGGGAUCAAAAGUCCAAGUUGCUUCUCUAGGUUUACACAUCAUAAACUUCCUAGGUUGUAAAAAUGAUGAGCAGAUGAAUUAUUUUGGAGGAAGUUGUUUAAGGUUUCUAGAAAUACCUUAAGAGCUGAAGUAAAUGUUAAUACUCUGUUGAAGAUGAAGGAAGUGUUGACUGAAGGUAUUUAUUAGUUCUUGAGGCAGGCCUCCGGAUACUUAAGCCAUCAUGAGGGGUUGUUAAAUAUGAUGAAAAAUAUUAUUUAUUUUGUAGGUAUGACCCUAAAAAAGGCCUAAGCGUAAAUAGCAAUUCAAAGUAGAGAAGAGUUGGUCAGUUGGUAAAUUGUGACUUUAUUCAAAUUAGACCUGGAAAGGAACUUCUGCUUAAUCUUUAUAUAAGAAAAGCAAAAAUAAGGCUGGUACAGUGGACAGGAUGUGGAAAUCAUUUGAAGUGAUUUCAAUGCAGAGAAGAGUGUCAUCUGCAAACAAGUAGAACUUGAACAGAUAAGGCGUUAGAAAACUGGGUAAAGAAGCGGGCCAAUUAUAGAGCCUUAAGGGAUGCCAUACCUUAUUAAAUGAGAGAUGGAAAUCUAUUUUAAAUUAUCUGUGAACAAUAUCUUAGUCUGGACCUAAAUCACAAAAGUGCAAGAUUAUAAACGAGGUACCCUCCCGGUAACACAUCCUUACUCCUGUUUGAAAGAUCUGUAAAUAGCUGAACUACAUAUUAUUCUUAUAAACUACCAAAAAGUUGUAUUUGACUGUUGAUUUUUUUGCUUGGUGAGUGUCUCCACAGGAUUCCACCACAGAGCUUCCCACAGAGUCUACCAAAAGUGUUAAGUGUGAAAGGCAAGUCUGAUUUUUACUAAAAACAAAUGAGAUAACUGUGUACAGUGUUGUAUGUGUCGCAAGGCUUGACUCUUGACAGAUUACAAAUGCAUAACAUCUAUGAGCCUUUAUGGGAGGAAAAGGGACAAAACUAAAUAAAUGUUUAUGCAAAGCUCA